GUGUGCGCGUGCCCGUCAGUGCCUCUCGGUGUGUGGACGGACAGACUGCAGCUCCAGCACCGACAGUGAACCUGGGACAUUACCGAGACGUUUCGAUCCGUUUUCUUUCUCUUUUUUAACAGUUACCGGAAACGUGCGGGACAGACAGGGGCUCGAGCUUCCCGGUGAGUCUCCGGUGUGAACCCAGACUGAUCCCGGUCUUUUCGGAGCUACUUCUUUUCUCCUCUGAUCGUUUUGUUGCUGUAUAAACAUCCGUCCGCUUCUUCUUGUUCUUCGUUUUCUUCUUCUCCGAUGCUGGAAACAUGAAGCUGCAGGAAGCGACGGACUGAAAAUCCCAGCAGCUCGUCUGACAGGCUCCUAGACUCUUCGUUAUCAUGCUGUCCAGGUGGCCCCAUCCCUCCUUCCUCCUCCUCCUCCUAGUCCAAUCAUCGGAGUCCUCUCUCUCCACUGACAACACUACAGAGGAUCUUCAAGAGGUGACUCUGGCGGCCAUCUUGCCUCUGACUAACACAGACUAUGCGUGGGCUUGGCCUCGCGUAGCGCCGGCACUCCACCAGGCGGUGCAGCAGGUGAACUCAGACCCCUGGCUGCUGCCGGGCCUGAAGCUCCGGCUGGUUCACGGUAGCUCAGAGAACCGUGAUGGCUUCUGCUCAGACUCCAUGGCACCGCUGGUAGCUGUCGAUCUCAAGCUGUCCCAUGACCCCUGGGCCUUCAUCGGCCCUGGGUGCGACUAUUCUUCCUCGCCCGUCGCCCGGUUCACCACCCAUUGGGAGGUUCCCAUGGUGACAGCUGGAGCCCGUGCCAUUGGCUUUGAGCCCUACGCGGCAGUCACCAACACAGGCCCCACUCACAAGAAGCUGGGCGAGUUUGGUGCCAGGAUCCAGGAGACGUUCGGCUGGCGGCAGCGUGCCAUGCUCAUCUUCAGCGACAACAAGGAUGCCAACGACGACCGGCCCUGCUACUUCGCUGUGGAGGGGCUCUACACGGUGCUAGGCAACCACAACAUCACCAUCCGAGACCAUGUCAUCGAGGCGGACAACGUCAACUACAAGUCAGUUGUCCAGGACAUCCGAGAUAACGGCAGAGUGGUGUACCUGUGCUGUCCCUGGGACAUCUUGAGGACUCUCAUGGUCCAGUUCUGGAAGGAGGGGGUGGAGUUGGAAGAAUAUGUCUUCUUCUUCAUCGAUCUGUUUGCUGAGGGUUUAGGGGGACGGGGUCCAGUCAGACCCUGGUACAGAGGAGACCAGGAUGACCACACGGCCCGACAUGCCUUCAGGAGUGUGAAGGUGUUGACCUACCUGGAGCCUCAGAACCCUGAAUAUCUUCAGUUUGUUGAAACUCUGAAGAGCGAUGCAAAGAAAAUGUUCAACUUCACCAUCAAAGACUCUCUGUAUAACCUGAUCGCAGGAGGUUUCCAUGAUGGAGUGAUGCUCUACUCUCAGGCUCUGAAUGAGACUCUGAGCGAGCAGACUGGGCCAGGACCAGGACCAGGACCAGGAGGAGUCCGGAGGCCUCGAGGAGACGUGGUGACCAGGAGGAUGUGGAACAGAACAUUCCAAGGAGUGAUGGGUGUGGUGGAGAUGGACGAAUUUGGGGACAGACAGAUGGACUUUGCCAUAUGGGACAUGACGGACGUCGACUCUGGAGAGUUUCAGGUGGUGAGUGUGUACAACAGCAGUACAAAACAGCUGGUCAUGCAGAGUGGGCGGAGCUUCCAGUGGCCAAGUGGAUCUCCACCUGCAGACAUCCCAGAGUGUGGCUUCAAGAACGACAAACCAGCCUGCCUCACACGUACAGUGUCGAUGCAUCAGAUGGUUGCCAUAGUGAUGUGCUUCGUCUUUGUCAUCAUCGUUACCGUGACCGUCUUUAUUUACAGGAAGUUGAAGCUGGAGAGUGAGCUGGCAGCUCAGCUGUGGAGAGUUUCCUGGGACGACGUCCAGAUGUCCAACUUGGAUAAAGUCCUGAGGAGAGCCUGCAGCCGACUCACAAUGUCUCUGAAAGGAUCCAACUAUGGCUCCCUGAUGACCAUGGAGGGAAACUUCCAGAUCUACACUAAAACUGGAUACUACAAGGGAAAUCUGGCAGCUAUCAAGUACAUCAACAAGAAACGUAUUGAACUGACCAGAAAGGUUCUGUUUGAACUAAAACAUAUGCGUGAUGUUCAAAAUGAGCACCUGACCCGCUUCAUCGGUGCCUGCAUCGACUCACCAAACAUGUGCAUUAUCACAGAGUACUGCCCCAGAGGCAGUCUACAGGACCUGAUGGAGAGCGAGGGCAUCACUCUUGACUGGAUGUUCAGAUACUCUCUCAUCAAUGACAUUGUCAAGGGCAUGGCGUUCCUCCACAACAGCGUCAUCGUCUCCCACGGUAACCUGAAGUCGUCCAACUGUGUGGUGGACAGUCGCUUCGUCCUGAAGAUCACUGAUUUCGGUCUGGAGAGUCUCCGGUCUCCCAGCAGCCCCGAAGACACACAUGCUUACUACGCACGUAAACUGUGGACAGCUCCAGAGCUGGUGAAGUCAGAGUGCCCCCCUCCCAGUGGGACUCAGAGAGGAGAUGUGUACAGCUUUGGGAUCAUCCUGCAGGAAGUGGCUCUACUCAGAGGAGUUUUCUACCUCGACACUCACACUCUCACUCCUAAAGAGAUCGUCCAGACGGUGUGUCAGGGUGGCGUCCCUCCCCUCCGUCCCUCCCUCUGCUUCCACAGUCACAGCGAGGAGCUCGGAGUCCUGAUGCAGCGCUGCUGGAGCGAAGAACCCAGCGAACGACCCGACUUCAACACCAUCAAGAUCCUGCUGAGGAAACAACACAGAGGUUAUGGUUCAAACAUCCUCGACAACCUUCUGUCUCGGAUGGAGCAGUAUGCAAACAACCUGGAGGAGCUGGUGGAAGAAAGAACGCAGGCGUACCAUGAGGAGAAACGCAAGGCUGAGGCCCUUCUCUACCAGAUACUACCACAUUCAGUAGCUGAGCAGUUGAAACGAGGUGAGACGGUUCAGGCUGAAGCUUUUGACUCAGUUACCAUUUACUUCAGUGACAUCGUGGGCUUCACUGCCCUGUCAGCUGAGAGCACGCCACUGCAGGUUGUGACCUUGUUGAAUGACCUCUACACCUGCUUUGAUGCCAUCAUUGACAACUUUGAUGUUUACAAGGUUGAAACCAUCGGGGACGCCUACAUGGUGGUGUCAGGUCUGCCAGGGAGGAAUGGUAAACUCCAUGGUCGAGAGGUGGCCCGCAUGUCACUUGCCCUGCUGGAUGCCGUCAAGAGCUUUAGGAUCCGACACCGACCCAACCAGCAGCUCCGGCUACGCAUUGGCAUACACAGCGGUCCAGUGUGUGCAGGUGUAGUUGGGCUGAAGAUGCCCAGGUACUGUCUGUUUGGAGACACAGUCAACACAGCGUCACGCAUGGAGUCCAACGGAGAAGCUUUGAAGAUUCACGUGUCGGAGGCGACUCGUCAGGUUCUGCAGGAGUUCAGCUGCUUCCAGCUGCAGCUCAGAGGAGAGAUUGAGAUGAAGGGGAAGGGACGCAUGAGGACAUACUGGCUGCUGGGAGAGGGCAGCAACUGACAGAGGAGAGGACACCAACAAUUGACAGAGUAAUGGACAACACUAACCGAUAGAAGAAAGAAAGAAAGAGAAAUAAAGAAACAAGGAACAGACAGACUGGCAGACAUCAGAAACAACCAGCAGGUUUUAAAACCCUCCUCUCUGAUUGGACGUUUACCUCUGACAUCACUUAAAGUGACAGUUUGAACUUUCCUGUUGGGAACUUUGAGAAAAGUUUCACCCAUAAAUGAACUGUACAGAAAACACAGACAGAUGAAUGUUUCACUGUAAUAAUAAAUCAUUUAA